UUUUCGAGAGGAAUUCAAAUUAUUUUAAAGUGUAAAAUCCUUUUUCGGAGACUACCAGAAUCCGAGUUUGAAUGGUUAUUAAUUUAUUAAAGGGUAGGUAUAUGUUAUCGGGUCAAUUACUUUAUCGAUAAGAUCGGGAGCUUUGCAGUACUGUCGCAGUGGGCAAAGGUCUUGGUCUCAUGCGAUCGCGGGUUAAAAUGGAAUUUCAAAAGUCGUACAAUUAUCCUAACUUCAAGUUUGCUGCCGAACGCAAAAAUGGUUGCAUAUGCGCAAGAGGCAAGCCGUCGUUUUUGGGUCGCUUUUAGCAACGCAGCCCAACUCAUCCAGAACAAAGCAGCCAAAGUGUUAAAACAAACGGUUAAUAUACAUACAUACUCUUAUGAUUUUUCAAUGCGCUUUUUGCGUCGCCCAUCGAAAUUAUUUCACUGCCAAGCGGCGUUACUUCAAGUUGGCGUCGAAAAACAAUUAAAGUUUUGCUAUCGGGAAUAUCAAAAUAUCAAAAUAUCAAAAAUUUUGUACAAAUAUUUGUAAAAAAUAUGCCAUUCGCCAACAAUGAAACCGAGAACAUAGCCGUUCGCCUCUCCAAUCUCUAUAGGAAUCUUUCGUCUCCAUUCUUGAAGGAUGUCAAAAAAAAGGGUCCGGCCAAAGCAUUCAAUCGCAAGCCGCCUACCCAAAUGAAAUCAGAUGAGGAGGAGUACCACAAUUUCGAGCGUGGUCUCCACAUUUCUGGCUUAGGCCCCGAGUUCGAUCAGACGGAGGAGCACCCUAAGCUUAAGUACGAGCUGGCAGAGGACUACAAGAGCUCCAAACACUGCAUCUGCAUGCGCCCGAACACCGCAUACGAGUGCGAACGAUGCCAUCAGUACUUCUAUGGUCGCCUCUUCCAGAUUUGUGAGCAGCAUCCCAGGGAUUUUUUCCUUAUGGACAAGCGCUCUUGUCCAUUCUGUAAUGCCCCCAUUGAGAUGAUUAAGAAGUCACCUAUCAGCUGGAAGACAAUACGUAAGAUUGAAGAAGCCGAAUUGCCCAGUGAUGAGGAUCUAUGAUUAGGAGUUUGAGACUCAGCCGCAUGUUACCUUAAAUACAUUGUUAAAUGUAGAACAAAGUGUUAAUAUUGUUAAUACAUACCAUUCGGACUUCGGUUAAAAAGA